UUACUUUGUUCAUGGAGAGGCUAAGCUCCUAUCUAAUUGUACCAAGGAAUUCUCCUGUGGAGAUUUGGGUUUUGUGGGGUUCCCUUUUGCUAAACACACUCAGCCUCAUUGUGGUUUAGUGGCAGUUAACUGUGAUACUACACCCCCAAUUGUCCAGUUGGGAAUGGGAGGAGAUUGGUAUCAGCUUAAGCUUUUAUUUCAGCCUUUCGGGGCUGACUAUUCGAUCUACCUUGGAGACUCGAAGCUUCAGAAACCCUUUGGCAGCCAUAAUUACUCAAAUUUAAAUUACACCAUCCACUUUCAGAAUUCUCCUUCUAUCACAUUCCUCAGUUUGGAUGCAAGCAUAUUGAACAACUUCUUUUUUAAAUGCAAUGACAGUCAAGCUGAUGAUAUAGGCAAUUAUGAAGGGUAUAACUGUUCUGAUGGAAUUAGUUUGUACUACAAACGUCACUUGCCAGAGAAUAAUCCAAAAUGUGAUGCUGUUAACUGAACCCUGUAUCCAUCUCCAUUUAUUAUUCAACAAACAAAUGAUGGCUUAACUGCUCAAUUUGGAUUGCGCUUGGAAGUCUCAAAAACUUGCCAGGAGUGUUACAAAGGAGGAGGGCAAUGCACAGAAGACAGUAAGAACGAUUUUCUCUGUGCACAAGUAACCACAGGGAACACAACCACAGGGAACAGCACCACUGGGAAAACCACUACAGGGAACAUCACUACAUGGAACACCCCCACAGGAAAUACGAGCAAGCGCAAGCCAAUUCCAAUCAUAGUUUCAGGCGCUUUAGCACUGAUCGUUGUAAGUAUGGCUAUCGUUCUUGUCUGGCAAUGCAAGGAAGGAAGGAAAGGCUACUUGAGAAAUACAUCUUCAGGUCCAACCUCAGACCUUGAGAGGGGCCGCAGUAGGCUCUUUGGAAUUCUAGUCUUCUCCUACUCUGAACUUGAAGAAGCCACACGCAAUUUUCAUCCUUCUAAAGAACUUGGAGAUGGAGCUUUUGGCACUGUUUACUAUGGAAUACUUGGGGGUGGAAGAGAAGUUGCUGUGAAACGCCUUCAUGAGCGCAGCUGCAAGAGAAUGGAGCAGUUUGCAAAUGAAAUCUCAAUUCUCAACCGGUUAAAGCACCAAAAUCUGGUUAGACUAUAUGGAUGCUCAUCAAGGCAUAACCGUGAAUUCCUCCUUGUAUAUGAAUAUAUCCCGAAUGGAACAGUUGCAGAUCACCUCCAUGGCAACAGAUCAGCAGAUCGACUGCUCACAUGGCCAAUCCGCAUGAAGAUUGCAGUGGAAACUGCUGCAGCAUUGGCUUAUCUCCACGCUUCAGGCAUAAUACACCGCGAUGUGAAGACUAGUAACAUAAUUCUUGACAACAAUUUCUGUGUUAGAGUUGCAGAUUUUGGGCUCUCGAGACUCUUCCCAGCUGAUGUCACUCAUGCCACCACUACACCUCAAGGAACACCUGGAUACGUUGAUCCAGAUUAUCACGAGUGUUAUCAGCUCACUUAUAAGAGUGAUGUUUAUAGCUUUGGGGUUGUUCUCAUCGAACUUGUAUCAUCAAUGCCUGCUCUGGACAUGCGUAGGCAUGCUGACGAGAUCCAUUUGGCAAAACUAGCAAUGAACAAGAUUGUAACAAGAGCAUUUGGUGAACUCAUUGAUUCCUCUCUGGGAUAUGAGAAGGAUACUGAAAUCAAUAGAAUGACAACUUCAGUGGCAGCGCUAGCUUUUCAAUGCUUGCAACCUGACAAGGAUAUGAGGCCUACAAUGGAACAUGUUUUGGAGUCACUAAAGGAGAUUCAAGGCAAUGAGUUGAGCAACGAUGACGAAAGGGUGAAUAUUGAGGAAACUAAUGUGUCUAAAGAAGAGGAGGUGCGAGGAAAAGCAAUGCGCUAGACAUGGGUUGGUCCUUCACUUGCAGAUGGUGUGAUUUUGAAGCAUGUUGCAGCUACCAAGAGCAGUUCUUGAAGUCACUUGAACUAGCAAUUGCCUUCUGACUAUAUGGGAUUUGUAGCAUAGUAUUUUAUUUAAUUUUCUUAUCAAACUUGUGAUUAUUGUAGCUAGUGUUUCCUAACCUAUAAAUGAAAUUACCACUUCUAUUCCCCGGGAGUAAAA